AGAGAGGCCACGCUGCGGCUCCCUCCCUCCCUCCCUCAUCCUCCCCCUCCUCCUCCCCACGCCACGCCCGCCGCCUCUCCCACUUGCCACUCGCAGCGCAGAGCAGGCAUUGCCUCCGCUCCACUCCAGUCCCAUCCCCUCGGCCGCGCCGUUCAAGGGAGAUAGCGUAGCCGUAGCGUGCAGCCCUGCCGCUCCUACCCGCUGGAGGCAGCCGGAGAAAGAGGCAACGCUGCGGCAGCAGACGAAAAGGGGGAACGGCCACCGACCAUGACAAGUCGACGAGGGCUGCCGGGCCGGCGCGAGUGAGCGAUCUCGCAGAUCUGCGCCCGCCGCCGCCGCACAGUGUCUGCUUUCCCCGAGUCUCCAGCCGGAUCAUCGUCAGAUGGGCAGCGCAGUCCGCCUCGCCCCUCCGAUCUUCGCCACGCGCGCGGAUUAACCAGCCCGGCGGCAUUCCGCUUCCCCGCACCAAGAAAGCCCGGUGAUUUGUCGGCGGGAAGGGAGAAGCCGGGGGCGCAGCGAUGGCGAACGUGGGGGACCUGGCCAACAUCGCGCAGCUCACGGGGCUGGACGCCGUGCGCCUCAUCAGCCUCAUCGUCAAGGCGGCGGCCACGGCGCGGAUGCACAAGAGCAACUGCCGCCGCUUCGCGCAGCACCUCAAGCUCAUCGGCGGCCUGCUGGAGCAGCUCCGGGUGUCGGAGCUCAAGAAGUACCCGGAGACGCGGGAGCCGCUGGAGCAGCUCGAGGACGCGCUCCGACGCGGCUACCUGCUCGUCAACUCCUGCCAGGACCGCUCCUUCCUCUACCUCCUCGCCAUGGGCUGGAACAUCGUCUACCGCUUCCGCACCGCGCAGACCGAGAUCGACAACUACCUCCGCCUCGUGCCGCUCAUCACGCUCGUCGACAACGCCCGCGUGCGGGAGCGAAUUGAGUACAUCGAAAGGGACCAAUGCGAAUACUCUCUUGAUGAGGAAGACAAGGAGGUCCAAGAAGCUCUGUUAAACUCUGACCCUGGCACAAAUCCUUCGAUAGUGCUGAAGAAGACUCUGUCCUGUUCUUAUCCAAACUUGCCGUUUAAUGAAGCCCUUCGGAAGGAAAGUGAGAAGCUCCAGGUGGAGCUUCAAAGGUCACAAAGCAACAUGGAUAUGGCCCAGUGCGAGGUUAUUCAUCACCUGCUUGGAGUUACUAGAACUGUGGAAAGUUCUAUUCCAGAGGAAAGUACAGAUGCCAAGGUUACCAAGAAAACUAAUUCAAAGAGCACAAAAGCUAAUGAAGACAGUGCAAAAUCGUAUGAUGAUGACUCUCCAAAGAAGCAAAAAGAUGCCUAUGUUGCACCACGGAGUUCUUCACCUGUUCCCUACAACCACGAUCUGGUCUCGAGUACAGCAUCAUACAGUGAUGAGUGGCAUGCAGAUUUACUUGGUUGCUGUUCAGAGCCAGCUCUGUGUCUGAAGACCUUCUUUUUUCCAUGUGGAACAUUCUCAAGGAUUGCUUCAAUCGCCAAAAACAAGCCCAUGUCUUCGGGAGAAGCCUGCAAUGAUAUUAUGGCGUACUCCCUCAUAUUGUCUUGUUGCUGUUACACUUGCUGUGUAAGGAGAAAGCUUCGUCAAAGGCUAAAUAUUGCGGGAGGGUGCUGUGAUGAUUUCCUUUCACAUGUGAUGUGCUGUUGCUGUGCGCUUGUUCAAGAAUGGCGGGAAGUAGAGAUUCGUGGUGCAUACGGAGGGAAGACAAAGAUAACCCCGCCGGCACACCAGUACAUGGAGCACUGAGCAGCUACUCUACGAUCCCAAAAGAAAGAAAAAAAACAGCUACUCUGCGAGAGGCCUGAACUCCUGUAAAUUGAAGAUAUUGACCUAAAGUUGUCAGAAACCGUACUGCCAUGGUAGUGAUACAGUCCAACAUUACUGUUUGUGUUGUAUUUAUGCGUACCGUCCGCCGCUCAUGUUGGUAUUAUGGCCUUAUGGGUCUUAGAAUUCAGUUAAUUUGUAAAAAGUAACUAAACUUAAGUCGCAGGCCGGUUAGAGUCAGUGUUAACAUUGCCAUUUUGUCUAUAUUUCAAAUAUGUGUUUCUUAA